GAGCAUAAACACAAAGAGGGAAAGCGAGGAGUUUGCUUGAUGUUAUAGUGCAAUGGACGUGAGAUUUUAUUCACCGCCACCUCCUCCUCCUCCACCGCCGCCAUCCCAGGCUGCAGCCGCUCCUGAUACUCCUUGCCUGGGACCUUCUCCUUGCUUGGACCCCUACUACUGUAACAAGUUUGACGGUGAGAACAUGUAUAUGAGUAUGACAGAGCCGAGCCAAGAGUAUGUGCCAGCCAGCCAGUCUUUUCCUGGUCCAAGCCUUGAAAGUGAAGAUUUUAACAUACCUCCCAUCACUCCUCCUUCUUUACCUGAACAUUCGCUGGUGCAUUUGAAUGACACAGAAUCUGGUUAUCCUACUUUGUGUCACUCAGUCAGCCAGAAUGGCCUGCUUCCUUUCCAUGCACAAAACAUGGAUCUACCUGAAAUCACCGUCUCCAAUAUGCUUGGACAAGAAGGGGCACUGCUUUCAAAUUCACUCUCCGUGAUGCAAGAGUUGCGGAAUACAGAAGGAGCUCAAUAUAGUUCCCAUCCCCAGAUGGCAGCUAUGAGACCAAGAGUUCAGCCUGGAGAUAUUAGGCAGCAGGGAAUGAUGCAGCAUGGUCAGCUGACUACCAUUAACCAAUCACAACUAAGUGCUCAGCUUGGCUUGAAUAUGGGUGGAAACAAUGUUCCCCACAAUUCUCCAUCACCUCCUGGAAGCAAGUCUGCAACCCCAUCGCCAUCCAGUUCAGUUCAUGAAGAUGAAGGUGAUGAUACUUCUAAGGUCAAUGGUGGAGAAAAAAGACCAGCUUCUGACAUGGGGAAAAAACCUAAAACUCCCAAGAAGAAGAAGAAGAAGGAUCCUAAUGAACCACAGAAGCCUGUUUCUGCCUAUGCAUUAUUCUUCCGAGAUACUCAAGCAGCCAUCAAAGGGCAAAACCCAAAUGCUACCUUUGGGGAAGUCUCUAAAAUUGUAGCUUCCAUGUGGGAUGGCUUGGGAGAAGAACAAAAACAGGUAUACAAAAAGAAAACUGAAGCUGCUAAGAAGGAAUAUCUGAAGCAGUUAGCCGCUUACAGGGCAAGUCUUGUAUCCAAGAGCUACAGUGAACCUGUGGAUGUUAAGGUAUCCCAACAACCUCAGAUGAUGAACGCAAAGCAGUCAGUGUUCCAUGGAUCUACACAGCCUCACUCAGCACUGUAUCUCAGUUCCCAUUACCACCAGCAAGCGGGAAUGAAUCCUCACAUAACAGCCAUACAUCCCAAUAUUCCUAGGAAUAUAGCACCUAAGCCCAACAACCAAAUGCCUGUGACUGUUUCCAUAGCAAACAUGGCGGUGUCCCCACCCCCAGCCCUUCAGAUGAGCCCCCCUCUUCACCCGCACCUCAGCAUACAACAACACCAGCCACUUACAAUGCAGCAGUCCCUUGGGAGUCAGCUACCAAUGCAGGUCCAGUCUGCUUUACAUUCGCCUACAAUGCAGCAAGCUUUUACUCUCCAGCCUGAAUACCAGAAUAUCAUCAACCCUACAUCUACAGCUGCACAAGUUGUUACUCAAGCAAUGGAGUAUGUUCGUUCAGGGUGCAGAAAUCCUCCAGCACAGAGUGUGGACUGGAAUAAUGAUUACUGUAGUAAUGGGGCCAUGCAGCGGGACAAAGCAUUAUACCUUACCUGAACAUGUUUGGGGAAAGCACUCUUCUUUCCACUGAGGAAUGCAGGGAAGUCUUCUCAUCAUGAUUGCUUUAUGCAGUCAAGGCGGUUCUGCAUUUAUUUAGAGAAUAUACGUUGCUAAGCACUUAGAACUAUUGAGCUGGUGGGUCAUUCACUCUGGGAAAAAAAUAGUCUUGCUCCUUCUUCCACCCCUUCCUUCCUUUUUCUUUUUCCUCCAAUAUUCUUUAAUGGACGUUGAUUUUCUUCUUUCUUUAAGGAAGGAGGCUUGGACCAUUCAAAUUUUAUGUUGGUUUUUAUUUUUGCUGUGAAGUGCUGCGCUAGUAACUGCCUUAGCAACUGUAGAUGUCUUGGAUAAAAGUCCUGGAUUUUCCAUUGGUUUUCAUAAUGGGUGUUUAUAUGAAACUACUAAAGACUUUUUAAAUGGCUUGAUGUAGCAAUCAUAGCAAGUUUGUAAAUAGCAUCUAUGUUACACUCUCCUAGAGUAUAAAAUGUGAAUGUUUUUGUAGCUAACUGUAAUUUGAAACUGGCUCAUUCCAGUGUAUUGAUUUCACAAAGGGGGUUAAAUUGGCAAACAUUCAUAUUUUUACUUCAUUUUUAAGCAACUGACUAAUAGUCUAUAUUUUCAAACUCUUUGAAAGAAAAAAAAGGAAAAAAAUAUUCCCAAAUGAGUUUAAUUAAACAAAAAUUGGCUUUGUAUCAUUAAUUAUACAAAAAAAUUAGUGUUGAGAAAAGAGCAAACACAUUUAUUUUGUACUGCCUAAAACUGCUUUUUUAUCACUUUAUGUGUAACAGUUAGUAAACGUCAUUUACGUCCUCUUAUGUAUAAAACUGCCAAAUGCUUUCUUGAUAUUUUAUUAGAAACAGAUUGGAAACAGCUAAAUUAUAACCUUUACAUAUGGCUAUGUAUUAUUGUUUCUUCAUACUGUGUCUGUAUUUAAUCUUUUUUUAUGGAAGCUGUUGCGCCUAUUUAUGAAAUAAUAAAUAUAGGUGUUUGUAAGUAAAUUUGUUAGCAUCUUAAAGAGAAUUUUUUUAAAAAAACUACUUUUGUUGGCAUCAACGUAUUUGCUGCUGGUGUGAAUACUUUUAGUUUUUAUGUGACAUGAAUAAAGUCAACCAGCUUUUUUUUCCUGGCAGAAAUUUUUUUUUCUGCAUUUCAUAUGUUGAUCUGAGACCAAAAUAGAAAAGUACUUCCUUGUAGUCAUGUAAGAGGGAGCUGUUCAAGUAAAAACUUUAUUUAGUCCCCAUUGGUGAUGACUAAACAAGGAGACGCAGAUUGCAGUCCAAAGUCUGAUGUGUGCAGGGACAUUCCCAUACUUUUCUAUAAAGAAAAGCUUUCUGUACAUGCACAGAGACUUGUUACAUGCUUGUAGAUACCAACAGGGAAGCCCCUGCACAUGUACAGUUCCAGAUAAUGUGCUGGGGUGAUAGAACAUGGCCACAGUUUGUAAAUGGAUGCCUUUUGUGGUCAAAGAAUUUCUCCCCCCUAAAAAAUGCAACAAAGAAGAAUUAAAACAGAAGAAGAAAACCAAAAUUUAAAGCUACCAAAAAUGCUUCACUUAUGAAGGCAAAAGAACUAUGUGAUGAUCUUUGUUAAGUAAGAAUUAGUAUAAAGAAGGCAAUUUCAGUGCCUCAUAAGUAACUACCAACUCAACAAUAGAAUAGAGAAUAAGAAAGACCAAAACUAAAUAUUAGAUCAUGGAUAGUUAAGUGUAACCCAUUCUGAGAUGAGCACAUUCUGGAUGCUACUAGUCUCAGUGUUCUCAGAAUGCACGUCCCUACAAAGGAAGGAACGCUUGUCACCUGAGUCCCGCUGCCAAUAUCUCACUAAGGGAGCUUUGACUCUCAAAAGCUCAUACUUUGGAAAUCUGGUUGGUCUUUAGGGUACAAUUGAUCUGGAUCUUGCUCUUUGUCUACAGACCAGCUUGGCUACCCACCUGAAACCAAAUUCUUCCAUUGGUUUCUUGAACAGGCCUGGGGAUGGGAUUAACCUAUCAGUUCCCAAUUAAUGUUGAUAGACAGCACUCUAGUUUUUUGGGGAGAGAGGGUCAUCCCUUUUCCCAUCCCAAGCCAAAUAGGCAUCAAACUGGAUCUUGGGCAACUUCAUUUCCUUUAGCCUGCUUGCCCCAGACAAUGAAUUCUGUGUUUGGGGAAGAUGAUAACAGUAGUGUUCUUCUUAACUUUGCUUGCUGUGGCAAAGUCUUAGAAACCUUUACCAAUCUAAUUGAUAAUCAGUUGGCCUCUAUUUCAUGUGUGAAAUAGAGACAUUGGGUUAAUCCAAUCCUCCCAAAAUGUAAAAUGCCUAAAAAUACAAUAUGUUUGUUUUGCAAUGAAAUUAGGCAAUGUACAACCUUGACUCACUUGAGCAUGUAAUAACUAAUAAAUAACACAGAUCAGAUGUAAUUACUCAAAUGGCUGUAGCUGCAUUCUAAUUUUCUUGUCUUGAAUCCAUAUAGGAAAUCAUGAUUACAUUUAUAAUGUAUUGUCUUUCUGUUCAGUAAUUUAUCAACAUACCAGCACUAACAAUUAGAUAAUGUUUUCUAUUUGUUUUGUUAUGGUAAAACUUCAUUUCUCACUCAAAUUAAUUCUAUAAAAAAGCCAUCAAUAAGUGGUUAUGGGAAUUAAUUUCAACAUAACUUGGUGCGAGAGUGUUUUACCUUCAGCAUUGUUUCUAGAAAGGGUAUGCUAACAUGGUAUACCAUUUAUUAAUUUCAGUAGCCAA